AAAUACUCUCCCAAAAAGAGGGAGCGCAGAAUUGUAAACAAAAGUUGAUUGUGAAAUCUAUGGUUUAACCUGUUGUUGUGUAUUGUCAUAUUCCAUUGUUGACAACAGUGAUAUGUGACAUUUUUAAACAUCCUUAUUAAAAUCAAACCAGGUGACCCUUUUCCAGGUGUAAAGAUGGCCAAUCCUAACGAGCCAGUUUUGCUGUAUGCCCACCCGACAAUGCGGACAUUGGCGAAGCAGAUUGCCCUUCAGUGUUCACUAAGGGCAAAAAUGGGGACAGAUUCUCAUCCACCAGAAACAUUAAACAUACCACAACAGUCACCAGAAAAGAAGCCAAAAUUAUCGUUCCACAGAUCUCUAUCAAGGGGAAAUCUCCUUCCUGGCAGUCGUUGUGUGGAGUACAGGGACACAAUCAGGUGGGAAAAGUUUCAGGAUGGAUUUCCAAAUCUCUUUAUAGAGGACGUACAUCGUAUGAUGGGAAAAGAUGUUAUCUUUCUUGGCAGUUUCCAUGACCCAAGUGUGAUAUUCGAGCAACUGUCUGUCCUGUAUAUGUUUCCAAGGUACUUGGCCAGAUCCUUUCACUUCAUCCUGCCCUAUUUCCCCACAGGGACCAUGGAAAGAGUGGACACAGAGGGCCAGAUUGCUACUGCCAAGACCCUGGCCAGCAUGAUGUCCGCUAUUCCCUUAACAGCGAGAGGCCCGGUACAGAUCUGUAUAUUUGAUAUCCACGCACUUCAAGAGAGGUUCUACUUUUCGGAUAACAUUAUUCCAAGGUUGGAGUCAGCGAUCCCAAUGCUACUGGAGACCAUCAUAGGCCUGCCAGACAAGGACAAAAUCGCGGUGGCAUUCCCAGACGAUGGGGCAUUCAAGCGCUUCCACCAGUUUUUCCCCGAUUAUGACACUGUCACGUGCGUGAAGAUCAGGGACGGAAACACGAGGAUUGUCAAGGUCAAGGACGGCAACCCCGAGGGUAAACAUGUGGUGAUCGUGGAUGAUCUAGUCCAGACAGGUGGAACGCUCAUCAACUGUGGCAAGGCAUUGGUGGACAAGGGAGCCACUGACGUCAGCGCUUACGCCACACACGCAGUGUUCCCUAACGAUAGUUGGAAGAAGUUCACGGACAAUGACGACUUCAAGUUUAAGAAUUUCUGGAUCACAGACUCGAUACCCCACGCCGUGGAAAUCAGCAAACAUGAGCCGUUCAAACUGUUGUCACUUUGUGAAUCGAUCUCACGCAUGUUGAUGGUGUACGACCUGAAACAGGAGGCUUGAUUGACGUCGUUUAUAUUACAUUCAGAUCACAGAAAGUCCUUAUUUAAUCAAUGAAUGUUAUAAUGCUUAGUUUCUUUCGUGAUUGUAGGACCUGAGUUGCGGCUCCGUUGCGUGUUUCAAUAGCGUCUUAAUCGUAUAUUGAAAUUACAUUUGUAUCUUGGUGUCAUAUUUUUCAUUACUUGUCAAAAUUUAAGUAUUAAAUUAGAAUUAGCCAGUAUUAAAGAUAGAAAAAAAACAUUGAGAUAAACAAACCCGUUAUAACUCGGUGCUAUCUGUGAUGUUGCUACAGAUUUAAGAUCUUCCAAGAUACUACUAAAGUCCUGUAUUGAAAAGGAAGCCGUGAUUGUAAAAUUAGGGUCAAUAGUUUGUAUUAUUUCCUUUUCCUCGGAGCUGUGCUUCUAUUAAUUAUAGGAUAUGUGACGUCUGCUAAAAUGAGUCCGAUGAAGGCAUUCGGAUUCUUAACACUUUUGUUUUAUAAACCAGCGAUUGAGCACUGAUUGCGCGCUUAUAAGACACAAUAUUAUAAGAAAUAAAUGUACAUAAUCUACCUCUGCAAGACUCCUUUGCGCAGACGACGUCUCAUGUAAUUAUUAAUUUAUCUCAAACAACAGAGUCCAUCAGGUAAACUGACGUGUAUAAACAUUAUUUACAGAGGGAAAUACAUUACAAAUCUUUAACAUCACUUCACAUAAUUUAUAUGUGCAAUAUUUUGUUCAAUUCUCAUUCAACAGGGUUUAAUUCAGUCCGCAAUAUAAAUAGACAAUUUCUUUAUUGUUAAUGUUAAUCAUAAUCCUUAAUACAUCAGUCAAUUGUAACCACGGCCUGCCAGGUCAGGGGGUAUAAUGGGGAAAGCGGGGGAAAUAGGCCGUGUUUUUAACAUCCAGAUGGCACCGCAGUGCCGGGUGCCAUUUGGCAAGGAUUUUACCAGCAGUUUGUCCCCGCAGGUCGGAGAUUUUACCGGGGAUUGGCUGUACCGAAAGUCCCUGCUAUUCCCCGGAUCUUGGGUACUGUGGUUACAAAUGACUGGUACAUAAUAAGCGCCCUUCUUUCUUUGUCUUACUAGGUUUAAUUGUUAUUUUUAUGAUUUUAAUUAUUUUUUAUUAUACUUCAAUGUAUCUUGUUUUAUUUGUUACAGAUAUCUCCUGCAUAUCUGAUGCGAGUGUUCACAAUAAACUGGACCAAAUCAUGCUUUUCAUGAACAAACUAUCACAUUAUGUUGAUAAUGGUUAUAUUAUGUUAAUAUGGAAUUGCAAUGUUUGUAAAAUAGCACCUUCAUAUAAUAGUAUGUUUGCGAAUUGUUAGUUACGAGUAUUUAUGCUUUUUAUCAUAAUCUGUGAUAGAAUAUCCUAUUUUCUACCUUUUUGAAACGUUUUUUUCUGACUUAACUGCUUUUGUUGAUGUUAAUAUGUAUUCAUAUUUAUGAAUGUUUGUAUACAUUGCAUACACUUGAAGAUCAAUAUACAUGUGGCUGUUCAUAUGUGCUUGUACUUGUGUUUAAAUUGAUUAUGUUUUACUCGCAUAUUUAACCUCAUACAAUUGUUUUAAGAUGACUUAUUUAUAGUUAAACCAUUGUUCUCUGUAGAGUUUUUAAUAAAAUAUAUUUCACACAGACUUAGUGAUAUUACCUGACUAAAUAUGAUUCCUGGUGAAGUAUUGUUUCACUAAGUUGCACUUUUUCCAACUGGCAGUGAAUUAGUUAUUUGUUUUAGAAUCUAAUUAACAUCGAUGCCAUAGAAACCAUUCGAUGUGAAAGCAGGGGGCAAAAAAAUGAGAUGUUGUCACUGUAAGUGUAUUUGAUUAAUAAGUACAUAUGAAUUCCACUGAACUCAAAUUAUGUCAUCUGUGGUCCUAGUCUAGACUCAGUUUCAGAAAAGCACUUUUAUUAAAUUACAAAGGAAUCAUCUAUAUUUACUUUCGUUUCACAAAACUGAUGUCAGUUUCAAUUAGUAGUAAAUUUCAGCAAAAUUCACCAUAGAUACUCAUGAAUAUUCAACUUGAAGGCAAGUUACAAUAAAAUAAUGAAUUGCAAUGCUGCAGCUUGAGUGUGAACUCCGCCUUGAAACUGUUCGUUAUCAUGGUCCCAGGCUUACGUUUCUCUUUUCUCGUACUUUAAGAUUUGACUAGGUCUUAAAGUUCUACUUCUAAAUUUCAACUUAUUUGGUGUACAACGAACGUCUUCAUUUCAUAUUGAUAAUGUUAAAUGUUUAUACCUGGUUUCUUUAUAUAAUUUUAGUAUUGUUGAAAGGAUAUUGUGUGCAAUAAACGACCAAAAUAAAUUAUAGUUGA